AAUUAAAAAAGAAGAAGAACCAAACGGUGCGUUUUGUCGUCUAAUUGUGACGCUAGCUCAGUCUCUUCCCUUUUCCCUCUCUGUUUCUCUCCAUAAGCCAACCCAGCGACACCGUGCUGCCACCGUCGUACCUGUUCGUGCGACCCUGAUCUACACGCCGCAACAGCCGCGCCGCCUCACGCCAAUCUGCUGCACGCCGGUAAGUCUCUGUCUCUCCCUUCGUCUCGGGGUUGCCCUCUGGCCCUGUUCACAUGCCGAUAAACUGUGAAAGAGAAAAGGGAGAGAAAAUGUCGGCAAACAAAUGUGCAAGACAAAAAGCAAUGCACGGCCAGCAGGGACAAACAUCAAACAAAACUCACUGUCACACUGUUCACAUGUCGAUAGCCUCUUUUAUAAUAGAUAACAAAUAAUAGAAGGAGAUAUAUAUGUUUGUACUUUUUUUUUUUCGAAGCAUAUAUGUUUUGUACUUGAACAUAAAAGGAAAUUUAUUUGUAGUUUUUAUUUGUGUGCAGGACAGAAUUAUGUCAUAUUGUAUAUAGGGACAUAUUGAAAAUAAAAAAAUAUGGGUAUAUUGUGAAUUCAUUAGUACUUAGAGGAAAUAUUUGAAAUGAAUGAAAAAAAUUAAAAAAGAUUAUUUGAAUAUAAGCUGAUAUUUGGUAGUAUGUAAAACUCACUAGGUAUGAUAGAAAAAGUAAAGAACAAGAUACAAAAUCUUUUGGGAUUGCUCUAAAUUCCUCCUUCCUUCCUUUUCUUUUCCUUAUACACUUCUUUCGCAAAAAGAAAAAAAUGAUCUUUAUAAACUUAGGAUGCGUAAACAUCGUGUAUUUUAUUUAUAAAAUUUGGAUAAACUUAGAACUUAUAUAACAAAUUCGAUUUUUAAUAUUGGCUCCCACCUUUUCUCUCUGAGCCUUGGACCUUACAUCAUGGAUUUUAUAGGGGAGAUUAUGAUGCCCUGAAAUUAGUUUAAGAGGGUGGUGAAUGAGACAUCACCUGGGAGGAAAUGUUUUUUACGGUUUGUAAUGAUUCCAAGGUAUUCUAAAUGUAGUAUUGAUUAGUCAUUUUGGAGUAUAAGCCAAAUGUGGCAUGCACGUGCUAUAAUUUUGAAUUUUAAUUUCCUGGUGACACAAGUGCAAUUGCAUUAUUCUUUAUUUUUUGCCACUUAGUUUUAGGACAUGCUUGGAGACAUUAAAUUUGUAGAUAUCCGUUUCUCACAUUGUACUUUUUGUGUCCGACACAUUUUUUCUUACAAGAAAGAUUUGAUAUUUUAUUGAAAAAAUCUAUUUUUAAGCUUUUUUUCUACACAUUAUGACAUGUCACUAAAGUGGGUCCAACAAUGGUAAAGAAGUCUCGCUGUUUUAAUUUUUUUACAGCUAUAAUGGAUUUCAUAACAAGUAGUGUGUCAACACAUCAAACUUUGCAAGUAGCAAAACUCUUUUAUUUGAUGCAAAUGUCAGAUUUCAUUUGCAUCAAAUAAUAGAUGAUCACGAAUUAUGUAGCUACAACAUAUUUUGUGUGAGUGUGUCCAGUCCAUUUAGCCACCUAGCAUCCUACUGUUUUUGAUAGCAUAUGCAUGUGUUGAAAAUUUGGUGUGUAUGUGCUUGAUAUGGUUACUAUCUUAUACUACCUAUAAAAAAAAAAAUGGUUACUAUCUUAUACUUUUGAUGCUAUGGGUUCUUAUCUUUCUUCUUCAUUAUCAUGUCUUGAAUUUAAAUUUCUGAAGGGCAAGACCAGCAGAGAACCUAUAGUCCGAUGGAGAGAGCAAAGGGUCUGAAGUGCAAGAGAUGUAUUUACACCGUUGCCAGUAUGUAUGUUCAGAUGGCUCUAUGACUAAUAGAAUUAAGUUGCAUGUGCACACUGCCGGCUUGAUAAAUUUCCUACUGAAGAUAGAAGAUGCACAUCGUUAUGAAAUCGAAAUGGCGAAAUUUUCUUUGGCAAGUUAUCAGAGCCCACAAACACGAACAUCGAUAUUUAUGUCUUUACUGCACAAUGCAGCCAAACCUGCCACCACCCAAUUUGCAGGAGCUAUGCAGUAUCAUUUCAAGUUCGAUUGGUGGAUUAGAUGAACUAGAAUUGAAUCUAAAUAAAUUUUCAGCUUCUUUAACAUCAUCACUAGUGACCCAAGUAAUUGACUCAUGCAAGCACGAAGCACCCAGUAGAAGAUUGCUGAGAUUUUUUUUGUGGAAUCGUAAGAAUUUGAAUUAUAGUUUGGAAGACAAGGAUUAUAAUCAUUCCAUUCGAGUAUUUGCUGAGAAAAAUGAUCGCACGGCAAUGGAUAUAUUGAUUUCAGAUCUUAGGAAGGAAGGUCGGGCUAUGGAUACUCAUACUUUUAGUGUUGUAGCUGAGACAUUGGUUAAACUGGGGAGAGAAGAUGAGGCAUUGGGUAUUUUCAAGAACUUGGACAAGUACAAGUGCCCCCAAGAUAGAGUUACUGUCACUGCAAUUAUAACCGCUUUAUGCGGAAAAGGGCAUGCUAGGCGAGCAGAGGGGGUUGUUUGGCACCACAAGGAUAAGAUUUCUGGUGUAGAGCAAUGCAUUUACAGGAGCCUUCUCUAUGGUUGGUCUGAGCAGGAGAAUGCCAAGGAAGCGCGAAGAAUCAUCAAGGAAAUGAAGUCAGCUGGGUUUAUGCCAGAUUUAUUUUGCUAUAAUACAUUCCUUCGGUGCCUUUGUGAGAGAAAUCUUAAACGCAAUCCUUCUGGCCUUGUUCCUGAGACCUUGAAUGUGAUGAUGGAGAUGAGGUCCUAUAAGAUUGUACCAACGUCAAUUAGUUAUAAUAUCUUGCUUUCUUGUCUUGUAAGGGCAAGAAGAGUGAAGGAAGCUUGUCGAAUUCUUGAGACAAUGAGGAAGUCAGGCUGUUCUCCAGAUUGGACUAGCUAUUAUCUUGUUGCAAGGGUAUCGUAUUUGACUGGGAGAUAUGGUAAAGGUAAUAAGAUAGUGGAUGAGAUGAUUGCAGAAGGGUUGGUACCAGAUCGUAUGUUUUACUAUGAUUUGAUCGGUAUUCUAUGUGGAGCUGAGAGGUUGAAUCAUGCUCUUGAGCUCUUUGAGCGAAUGAAGAGAUGUUCGUUGGGUGGUUAUGGGCCAGUUUAUGAUGUGCUUAUACCAAAACUGUGUAGGGGAGGGGACUUUGAGAAGGGUAAAGAGCUCUGGAACGAGGCCAUGGGAAUGGGUGUUACUCUUCACUUCUCAAGUGAUGUGUUGGACCCUUCAAUCACCAAGGUUUUCAAGCCAACAAGGAAUUUGGAAAAGGUCAGCCUUGUGGAAUGCACCGCAGCCAAGAAGCUAGUACAAGUUGCAAAUAAUUUUGAAAAGGCCAGCAACAAAAAGAAGAAAAACAAGACUGGUGAGGUGAAUAAUGGAAGGAAACAUUGGAUGGGAAUGGUAGAUUAUUGUCACUGGUCCUUUUCUUUCUUUCACUUUUCCUUCUUAAGGUUAUCAUUGAUUCUAAAACUGUUUCCACAGAUGAUUUUGCUUGUGAAGUCGAGAACUGGAUGUGAGCCACUUCCUGAUGCACAUUUCUAUCUAGAGCUAUCGUUUUGCAAAGGUUGAAUGGGUGCAGGAUAGCCAUCCAGCUGAAGGAACAAGAGAGAGAAGAGGCAAGCUAUGGUUUUGCAUGGAUGGAUGCAGAUAUUUGUGGGUUCAUUGUGAUUUCGUUUCCGAUUUCAAAUACUUCAACCUAGUUGCAGCCUAUAACAGCUUAGUGACAAUGUGUUGUAAUUCUGAAGGGUCCUAGUGGGUUGAUUGCCGUCUCCUCGACAAUGGCGUCAAAAUUUGAUUAUGCUUAAAGAAUAACGCGGUAGUUGUAGCAUAA